CUUCCGAAAAACUCCACAGCAAUGUUAAGUCUUCCCUGAAAAACAGUUAGUUUAACCCCAAAACUUCACAAGGAAACAUCUAACUUUCGAUUUUUGUUUUACUUUUACAAAAUACUAUCACAAUGUUUGAGUCAUUCGAUUGGAAUUCGGGACUAUAUUUGAAGAAUUAUCGCGAUGUCAAGCAACGGGUUGUUAAGAAAAUUGGGGAUCUGGAGCGCAAAGGAGUAAUGUGGGGUCGUCUUGUUGGCAUCGAAGAUGGCAAGGACGAUGUAUUUUUCCGUUUCAUGAGGGAGAACGUAUAAGUCGGUUCACAAAAUUGAAUAAAUGUGUAUGUGGAAAACAUGUGUUCAAGUUAACUUUAAAGCAAAGACAAGAAAAUACUCGUUCAAUAUAUGAAAUGUAAUGUUUGGAUACACUCGUAUCUCAAUUA